UUUUUACAUUUAAAAAAAAAAAAAUCUUUUUUGCAAUCCUUCAAAUUUUGUCCAACUAAUAAUUACAAAUUAAAAAAUAUAAAUAAAUUAAAUAAAAUAGUAAACAAUCAAUAUAUUAUUCUGCAUAUUCAUCAAAGUGACUCAUGGAUUGUUUUUAAUUAGCCGUCAUUAAAAGGAAAAGGAGAGAAAAACACAAGAAAAUCAAUCAAAGUGAGACAGCUAAUUUAGCACGUGACCGACACCUGUCGCAUCUUUAUAUAAAACAGAUGUGUUACAUUACUGAUCAGUCAUCACAGAUACAUUGACAACUGUUGUACUAAAAAUCUCUAUAAUAGUCAACAAAUAAUUGUCUGUAAUUGUCAUCACAAUUGUUAAUAAAUAAUCUACAAAAUGGUGACUGGUAGAGCAUUACAUUUUGUCUUUAAAAUUGCUGAUCGUGGCUUGACAGCAAAAUUUUAUCGUGAAAUUCUAGGAAUGAAGGUUCUUAGACAUGAAGAAUUUAGUGAUGGUUGUGAUGCAGCUUGCAAUGGACCUUAUGCUAAUCGUUGGAGUAAAACAAUGAUUGGAUAUGGUCCAGAAGACAGUCAUUUUGUCAUCGAGCUUACUUACAAUUAUGGAAUUAAAAGCUAUGAACUUGGUAAUGAUUUUCAAGGUAUUACUAUUCGUUCAAGUGAUGUCAUUGAACGUGCCAAAAAAAAUAAUUGGCCAAUCAGUUAUGACAAUGACAUUGCUGUUCUUCAAGCACCUGGCGGCUACAAAUAUUACGUAAUAAAUCAGCCACAAUCUGAUAAUAAAGAUCCAGUUGAAAAAGUAACUUUGUCAAGUUCAAAUCUUGAUAAGAGUAUUGCAUAUUGGAAAGAUUUGCUGGCAAUGAAAGUUUAUGAUCAAAAUGAUAGUAAAGUUGUUCUUGGAUAUGGUGAUAAUCAAACGAAACUUGAAUUGAAACUCAUUGGUACUGAAAUUAAUCAUGCUAAGGCUUAUGGAAGAAUUGCAUUUGGUAUUCCAUAUGAUGAACAGCCAGCAGUGCAAAAAAAAAUGAAGGAAACAAACAACAAGAUCUUGACUGAUUUGAUAACACUGGAGACACCAGGAAAAGCUUCAGUCAGGGUCAUCAUUUUGGCUGAUCCAGAUGGCCAUGAAAUUUGCUUUGUUGAUGAAGAAGGCUUUCGUCAAUUGUCCGUACCAGAUUACCCAAGUGAAGCUAUUCUUGACAAAGCCAUAAAAAAAGAUCCCUCUGUUUAAAAUUUUUCAACAGAAAAAUAUAUAUAAUUUAUUAUUAUGUUUUUUUAAUUUAAAUUAAUUUUUUUUUUCUUUUAUUAAAUGGUAAAUUUUAUUUUUUAUGAGAAUGAAUCUCGAUGGUGGUGGUUGAUAUAAUAAAUAUUUAAGAUAAAAAUAAAGAAGAAAAUUUUUUUUUUAUUUAAUACUCCAUAGGUUAAUUCAAAUAAAUUCAGACAAGUAUUUUCUAUGAUUUUUUACAACUUUAAAAAAUUAAUAUAAGCUAAAAAUUUAUCCCAAGAUAUAUUCAAUGGUCUCCAGGAUUUUAUGUAUUUACAUUUGCAAUAUAACAAACUGAAAAAUCUUGAUUCAUGUAUUUUUAAUGAUGCAAUAGAACUUGAGGAACUUGACAUAAGUUGUAACAAACUGACAACUUUAUCAAAAGAUUUGUCUUGGUCAUCUUGAGUACUUAUAUUUUAAUCAUUUCGUCAGUAAUAUUAUGUCAUUUUUUAUUCGAAAUUUUAGCUAAAAUGUAAUUCAAUGAAUUAUCAAAAAAACCUGUAACAAUAUUGUCUAGCUGUUGCGACUUUAACUCUAGAAGAUUUUCAAGACCAUUGAAUGUAUUUUUCAAUAAAACUGUGAGAUUGUUUUUGCUAAUAUCAAGUUCCUUGAGUUGUAACAACUUAUGGAAUAUAUUAUUCGAUAAAGUUUUAAGAUUGUUUUGACUUAUAUCAAGUUUUUCAAGUUGUAA